UGGUAUUUGUGUAUCUAUAUAUAUCUAAACAUAGAAAAGGUACAAUAAGAAUACAGAAUUAUAUAUGUAAUCUUAUAUAUUACAUAUAUGCAGUCUGUACUUGACUGAAACAUCAUUUGUGGCACAUGACUGUAAUUGAAAAUUAAUAUCCUAGGUAUAUAAACAAACAGUAGAUGAGACAGAAAAGACAUUAGAAGUACGCCUCAACGUGGAAUGUAAAGACUUUGGAGAUUACCUGUAGAUAUAAACAUAUUAUUUAAAUUAUUUCCUAUUACCUGAAGUUUAAAAAAAUGACAGGUUUUGGGGCUUUGGGAAGAGGGCAUAAAAAAGGAAAAACUUAUCAAGAAACAUGCCCUCGGGAAGGAAACUGUGUGCCUAAAAGCUAGACGUGAAUAGGAUUGCCAUCUGCAGAUAAGAAGGCAAGGCCUCCAGUGUUUGGGAAGACAUCACUUCAAGAUUGUAAUGUGACAGAAGAGACUGAGAACUACCCUAGUCGCAUUUAUGUAGUCGCCACUCCUGUGAUAUCUGAGCGAAAGCAACAGCAUGACCGCCGAUGCUGCAGCUGUGACUGUCACCUGGGCACUCAGCUCUGCAGUUGUUCCUUUUAAGACCAAGCUACAGCUCAAAGUAGUCCGAUAUUCAAAUUUGAGGCCACACCAAAACUAUAAAAUAGAUCUUCAUGUAGUUGAAAUGAGUAGUAUAUGACAAAAUCCUGCAGAAUAAAGGAGAAAAUGACUCCCCAAACUGUCCUUCUUCAUUACUUCAUGUGGCUUCAAUGCUGCCUUUAAGGAGAAGCGGUCUCUUUGAAUGAGAAGGCUUAUUAGCCAAACAUCAUUUUUAUGAUAGCUACCAUUUAUUUACACACCUACUGUGUGCCAAGCAUCGUGCUAGCCAUUUCGUUUCGUUCACCAGGUAUACAAUAAAGUACAAAACAAAUCUAGACCCCAAGGUCAUGGCUCACAGCCUAGCAGAGGAGAUAAACUUCAAGCAAGUAACAAAUAAAUGAUUCAAAAUUAUAAUGAAGGCUAUAAAGGAAAAGAAGAGGUUACUAAGACAAAUUAUAACAGAGAUUGAGUGUGUAGGGAAUUUCGUUAAGACGAUUUCAGCUACGAGGAAAAGAAACUCUGAACCACAAAGUGGCCUGCGCAAUAAAGAAGUUUCUUCUCUCGGUAGCUCAUGGAGAGCUAGAGCAGGUUUUGCUUCUGGUGGGUUUCAGUGGCUCAACCAUAUUAUCAGGUGCCUGCCUGGGUUCUUGUUUUUGCUCUGCUGUCCACAGUAUCAAUUUCCUUUUAAGCCUGAGUCUUUUUAUGGUUAUAAGCAGUCUCAAAAAAAUUAGAUGUUUAUUUUUCCCUCACUUAAAGAGUGGCAACUAGGAUUUCUUGUCUUCUUGGUCAUGUCCAGCAGGAGAGGGAAAGAGGAGUAUGCUAGGACUAAGUCCUUCCCUUCGGGCUAAUUGGUGCAGUGUGGCAGAAAGACUGCUAGUUUUGCAUCAAGAUCCAUGAUCCUAAGUUUUCAGUGGGGCACAGAGCCACCUGGAACAAAGAUUACAUUUCCCAGCUUUCCUAAGAACCAGGUGUGUGGCCUUUUGACUAUUUUGGCAAUAGAGAUAAGUGGAAAUGAUUUCUGGGUUCUAUUCUUACAAGGAAGGGGUGUAGCCUUCCCUGUCCCUUCUUGCUUCCCGCUGCUGCAAUGUGAAUAUGAUCUGAAGAUCUACAGCCACAUGUGAAGAUAACAAGGCAAUAUGGACCCUGAGUGCUUGACAGCUAUAACACCAUCCCGGCCCCUGGCUGUCUCCUUCCUCACUUCUUUUAAAUGAGGGACAGACAUGAAUUUCUGUUUCAUUCAAACCACUAAUUAGGAGAGUUUUCUGCCAUGUGAAGCUCCAAACUAAUAUAUUUUCCUUAAGUCAUUGCCCAGACAAGGCUGGGUACAGUGGAUCAUACCUGUAAUCUCAGUGCUUUCCGAGGCUGAAGCAGGAGGAUCGCUUGAGCCCAUGAGUUUGAGGCUGCAGUGAGCUAUGAUGGCACCACUGUACACCAACCUGAGCAACAGAGCAAGACCCUGUCUCUGAAAACUAAAGUUGUUGGCAGACAGAGGAAUGCCAUAGCUGACCAACUUCUUCCUGUGAACCUCUAGAAAGUUCUUCCUAAAUUGGCUCCAAAGGUUAUCCAGCAUCAAAAGAACAGAUAAAAGCCUAUUUCUGCCUUUUCUGUGUCACAUGAUGUUCUCUACAAGAUUGCUUCUCUCUGCCUGAAUUUCUCAUCCAGCAAUCCAGUUAGGCUGAAAUGAGUAGCAGGCCAUCUCUCUUAAGUAUGUAAAAGAAGAAAAUUUGUUGUUCUCUUUUUCUUACCUGGGGAGUGUCUGGCCACUCAUGAAGGAGAUGUUUCCAGCUGCUUUCAUCCCUUUGUUCCAAGGAUAUGAAGAAAGAAAAAGAGGUAAGAUGGUGAAGAAAAAUCUCAGAAGGAAAGGCUCAGAAGAGGAAGCUGAAUGAAUGAGCAGUCUCCUCCUGGCAACCUUCAUUCAACACAAAACAAAAGGCCUCCAUCUCCUGUACAGCCCGCGCUCCAUGGAAUUGGCCAGAGAUUCAAAUGUUCCUCAUAGGUGGAAGAAUAAAUUCUUCCUCCUGCUUGCCUGCAGCGGGGGUGAGGGAGAGGGGACUCAGCCAGAUGCUGAAUUCCUCAGACAGCUGACAGGUUCCCAGUUUCCAGGACCAGCUGUUCAGGAGCAUCCCGGACGAGAGCCAGGCACAUUUGAGACUUGGAUCCAACUAAAGACUGCCGCAGAUUCUUCUGCAGCAAUGUCGGUGUUAGAAGAAAAUCGGCCGUUUGCUCAACAGUUAUCCAAUGUCUACUUUACAAUACUUUCACUGUUCUGUUUUAAGCUUUUUGUGAAAAUCAGCCUUGCCAUCCUCAGUCAUUUCUACAUCGUGAAAGGCAACCGCAAGGAAGCGGCAAGGAUAGCAGCUGAAUUUUAUGGAGUAACCCAAGGACAAGGUUCCUGGGCAGAUCGAUCACCACUACAUGAAGCAGCAAGUCAAGGUCGCCUUCUUGCUCUGAGAACAUUAUUAUCACAGGGUUAUAAUGUAAAUGCAGUAACCUUAGACCAUGUCACCCCAUUGCAUGAAGCCUGCCUUGGAGAUCACGUGGCAUGUGCCAGAACUCUGCUGGAAGCAGGAGCUAAUGUAAAUGCAAUCACGAUAGAUGGCGUGACUCCGUUAUUCAACGCAUGCUCCCAGGGCAGUCCAAGCUGUGCAGAGCUGCUUCUGGAGUAUGGCGCCAAAGCCCAGCUGGAGUCAAGUCUUCCAUCCCCCAUGCAUGAGGCUGCCAGUAAAGGUCACCAUGAAUGUCUUGACAUCCUGAUAUCCUGGGGCAUAGAUGUUGACCAAGACAUUCCUCAUUUGGGAACUCCUCUCUAUGUAGCUUGUAUGUCACAGCAAUUCCAUUGCAUCUGGAAGCUUCUUUAUGCUGGUGCUGAUGUACAGAAAGGCAAAUAUUGGGAUACUCCAUUACACGCUGCUGCUCAACAAUCCAGCACAGAAAUUGUAAACUUACUGCUAGAAUUUGGAGCAGAUAUCAAUGCCAAAAAUACAGAGCUUCUGCGACCUAUAGAUGUAGCUACGUCUAGCAGUAUGGUGGAAAGAAUACUGCUUCAACAUGAAGCUACCCCAAGCUCUCUUUACCAACUUUGCCGACUCUGUAUCCGAAGCUACAUAGGAAAACCAAGAUUGCAUCUUAUCCCACAGCUCCAGCUGCCAACGUUACUGAAGAAUUUCUUACAGUAUCGAUAAAACAGUAAAGUAAUUCUAAAUA